AUAUGUCCACUUCUUCUUCCCUCGCCGUACAAACUAUUUUCUCUCAACACUUUCGUACCCAAUCAAUCGUCUUUCUCUCUCUAAAACUUAGUAUUUUUCUUCUUCCAAUUUUCCGUUUCUAAAUCUCCAAAACCCUCAGUAUUUGUAAAUUAUUAUAUGAUCAGCGUUGUGUUAAGCAAUUGAAAAUUUAAUUCCUUCGUUUAGCAAUGGGUUCUACUUCAAUGGACGCCGGAGGAAGUUCUCCGGUACCGGAACCGACACCGGCGCCGAUGGCUAGCACAAAUACGCUACCACCUUUUUUGAUGAAGACUUAUGAUAUGGUUGAUGACCCGAGUACUGACAAGAUCGUUUCAUGGAGUCCUACCGACAGCAGCUUUGUGAUUUGGGAUCCACCGGAGCUCGCCAAGGAGUUACUGCCUAAGUAUUUCAAGCACAGUAACUUCUCCAGCUUCGUUCGUCAGCUGAACACUUAUGGCUUUAGAAAGGUUGGUUCGGACAACUGGAAAUUUUCUAAUGAUGGAUUCAUAAGAGGUCAAAAGCAUCUGCUUAAAAAUAUUAGCAGGCGCAAGCCUGCUCAUGGACAGAGUCAGCAGCAGCAGCAGCAGCAGCAACUGCAUGGUCAGAGUGCGUCGGUUGGGGCUUGUGUCGAGGUUGGAAAUUUUGGGAUUGAGAAAGAGGUUGAGUGGCUGAAGAGGGACAAGAAUGUGCUUAUGCAGGAGUUGGUUAAGCUGAGACAACAUCAGCAGACUACCGAUAAUCAGAUGCAAACCAUGGUGCAGAACCUUCAGAUUAUGGAGCAGCGGCAGCAACAGAUGAUGUCUUUCCUGGCAAAAGCUGUUAACAGCCCUGGAUUCUUGGCACAGUUUGUACAGCAGCAAAAUGACAACAAUAAGCGCAAGAUGGAAGGAAACAAGAAACGUAGGAUUAGACAAGAUAUUCCUUCAGAUGAUCAUUCUGUUAGCCCUGCUGAUGGACAGCUUGUAAAGUACCAACCUAUAAUGAAUGAGGCAGUGAAAGGAAUGCUCAGGCAGAUACCGGAACUAGAUUCUUCUCCUAGGUUAGAGAACUUCAGCAACAGUCCUGAAAGUUCACCGACUGGUGAUGCAUUCGAUGGCAGAAGUAACAAUCGAAUUUCAGGAGUCACUCUUCAGGAAGUUUCACAUGCUUUUUCGCAGCCAUUUGCAAGUGCAACUUCAGCUAUUGCAGGACAAAGUUCAUUGUCUGCCAACAUUCAGUUUUCAGAGAGCAGUUCCCUGGUUGGAGCUCAAGAUUUGCCACCUAUUUUACCGUUUUCAUCAGAUAUGAUUAUGCCUGUGCCCUCGCAGUUACAAGAAAUUGUGCCUGAAAACAAUAUGGAUAUUAAUGGAACAGAGAGGGGCCAUGAUUCUUUCAUGGAUCCCACAUUGUGGGGAAAUGGAAAAUUGCCAUUGGAAAAUGAUAUUUUCCCCCCCGACCUUCAAAUCAAGUGGGAAAGUGCUUUGAUUGACGAUAUUGGAGAACCUCCUAGUGUGGGUGAUCCCUCCUGGGAAAAGUUUCUUCAAAGCCUAUACCCUACUGAGUCAGAAGAGAUGGGCUCGGUUGAAAUAGAAAAUAUUAACACUACUGAAACAGAGUCGCUAGAAAAUGGAUGGUACAAUGUUCAGCACAUGGAACAUCUUACUGAGCAAAUGGGGCUACUAACAUCAAACACUAAAAAAGUAUGAUCAGUCACCGAAGAGAUGUACCUGAGGUACUGGAACUGUGCAACCAAAAGGAUUGACCCUUGCUGUCCUCCGCUGAGUUUCAGUCAUCUGAGUGCAUAUAGCUUGCUGAAUAAAUGAAUGCUGGAGUAGUUGUUCCGACGUCCAUCUUCUUAGAGGAUCCUUAAUCAAACACUAGUGUAAAAAAUCAUUGGCGAUCUCAGAAACAUUACCCCAAAUCAUAGGGUAUUCAUUCAUAAUCUGUGAUUGCAAAUCUCUAGUGUUGCGAUAAAUCCAAACACGACUCCCAGUCAUCAUCUCUGCCACGGUGCAGCCCAGCGACCAUAUAUCAUAAGCUCUGCCAUGAAAAUCACUGGUCAAAGAUUCUGGAGGAGCGUAAAUUAAAGUCCCUCGAUUGCUCAACGUACUUCCAGAUAUAUAUAGGCCACUCCUUUGGGAACUCUCAACGACAAUCCAAAGUCAGUCAACUUCAACUUGUGCAUCCCACCACGUUCAGCAUUAUCCAAAACCAAAACAUUAGCAUGACAAUGAACCCACCCUUUCUUAUGUAUGUGUUGAAUACCCUUUAAGAUUUGAUAUGUAUAGAAACCUACUUCCAAUUCUGACAUCUUUCUCAUUCCUCUCUUGUAAUUGUUGAUCAAAUCAUGGAGUGAUCCAUCAGAUGCAUAUUCAAGAAACAAAUUGUAAGUUGGAAUAUUAUCAUUGUCGAUGCUAACGUCUGCUCCAAUGAAUUGAACCACGUAAGGAGAGGAUUUGUCAAGAUUUGUGCUUCUUGUUGGAGUGAAAUAGAACGGUGCAUAUCAACACAUUUAACAGCAGCAACGGAAGCAGAUAAGAAAGAAGAAGGAUGGAUGUUGACGACAUAAUAUACUUUUCCAAAAGAUCCAGCAUCAAGAACGUGAAGCUUCUUCCAUUGAUCCAUAAUAACUAUUAUUCCUAAUACUAAUUUGUACUAUAUUGAUUUGUGAAUAAUAACACGUGAAGCUUCUUCCAUUGAUCCAUAAUAACUAUUAUUCCUAAUACUAAUUUGUAAUAUAUUGAUUUGUGAAUAAUAACAGAGGGGCAAC